AUGCCGAUCAUGCAAGCGCUGGGGCGGAGCACGGGGCCAGUCCACGUGGCGCGGCGCCUGCUGAGCAGCCGCGCGUUGUCGCUGUCACCGCCCGCCUCCCCGCAGCCGCGCUACGGGAGCAUCAUCACCGUUCUGAGCAUCGACGGCGGCGGCGUCCGAGGCAUCAUUCCAGGCACCAUCCUCGCUUUCCUCGAAGAGAAGCUCCAGGAGCUUGAUGGGCCGGACGCAAGGAUCGCGGACUACUUCGACGUGGUCGCAGGGACGAGCACCGGAGGCCUGGUGGCCACCAUGCCCAACCCCAAGGGCCGCCCGCUCUUUGCCGCCAAGGACAUCAACAAGUUUUACCUCGAGCACUGCCCGAAUAUCUUCCCUGCCAUCUGCAAACGGCCUAUGGGUUGGCUCAGGAGCAUGAUGGGGCCCAAGUACAACGGCCAGCACUUGCACUCGGUCGUGAAGGAGCUGCUCGGCGACACGCGAGUCCAUCAGACUCUCAAGAACAUCGUCAUCCCCACUUUUGACAUCAAGCUCCUCCAGCCUACCAUCUUCUCAACCUAUGAUGUACGUACGGAUAUCUCCAAGAAUGCUCUUCUGUCGGACGUCUGCAUUAGCACGUCCGCCGCGUCGACCUACCUCGCCGGCCACCAUUUUGAGACCAAGGACAAAGACGGCAAGACCCGGGCCUUCAACCUAAUCGAUGGAGGCGUCGUGCCUAACAAUCCGAAGCUGCUGGCGAUGACCCACGUAAGCAAGCAGAUCCUGAUGGGAAACCUGGACUUCUUCCCCGUCAAGCCAACGGGUUACGGCAAGUUCAUGAUCCUUUCGCUAGGCACCGGCACCGCUAAGAUCGAAGAGAAGUUUGACGCAGCUGAGUGCGGCAAGUGGGGCCUUCUCGGGUGGCUCUACAAGAGGGGUGCCACACCGAUCAUCGAUAGCUUCAGCGAAGCUAGUGCCGACCUCGUUGACAUCCAAGCAUCCAUUGUCUUUCAGACCCUGCACUGCAACAAGCGUUAUCUCCGGAUCCAGUACGACGAGCUCACCGGCGAAAUGGCCUCCGUUGACGUGUCCACAUCGAAGAACCUCAACGGGCUUGUUGGCGUUGGCAAAGCGUUGCUAAAGAGACAGGUGUGUAAGAUGAACGUCGAGACAGGCAUGAACGAGCCCGAUCUAAAGAGGGGCACCAACGAGGAGGAACUAGUCCAUUUUGCCCGCAUGUUGUCGGAAGAGCGCGAAACUCGGAAGGUGGGCUACAAACUUGGAUAG